AAACGUAAACAAUUGAAUUUGAGGUUGCAGUGACAAUUUUUCGCAUUUAAAUACAUUUCAACCACCUAAAAAAACCAAAUUCAACUUCAAAAUGGUUGAAGAAGUAACCCGGCACUCGGUUCACACAUUAAUUUUCCGAUCUUUGAAGAGAACGCACGAUUUAUUCGUAAGCGACCAAGGAAUUUUGCCGGAAGACGAUCCAGAAACUCAAAAGUUCAGAUACAAUGUGAAAGCUAAGGACAGUUACGGAACGAUUCUCGAUCGCGUUAAGCACACAAAAGAGACGAAAACACAUUCGAACGACACUCAUGCGGAACCGGAACACUUGGCAAUCAUGGAUACUCCGUCUCAAAACGCUACUCCAGCUCCCGGCGAAAUGUCUCUCGUGCCAGUUAUUCAAGCGAAAUCCGGAACAUCUGCUCCCAAACCUUCCGGGACACAAUCCAACGUUCAACUUAUCCCGAAAAAAGCUCCCACAAUCCCCAAACCCAACUGGCAUCCUCCAUGGAAACUCCAACGAGUCAUUUCCGGACAUCUUGGAUGGGUUCGUUGUGUCGCUGUCGAACCUGGAAACGAAUGGUUUGUCACCGGAGCAGCUGAUCGCGUCAUCAAAGUAUGGGAUUUGGCGAGUGGCAAACUGAAACUUUCGCUUACGGGUCACGUCAGUACGGUUCGUGGCUUGGCAGUUAGUGCCCGACAUCCGUAUCUCUUCAGUUGCGGCGAAGAUCGUCAAGUCAAAUGUUGGGAUUUGGAAUACAACAAAGUCAUUCGUCAUUACCACGGACAUUUAUCUGCCGUUUAUUCGUUGUCGUUGCAUCCCACAAUCGAUGUCUUGGCAACAGCAGGUCGCGAUGGCACAGCUCGCAUUUGGGAUAUGAGAACAAAAGCAAACAUCCACACACUCGUGGGACACACAAAUACUGUCGCCAGUGUCGUUACUCAAGCAGCAAAUCCGCAAGUUAUCACGGGAUCGCAUGACUCGACGAUUCGUUUGUGGGAUUUGGCAGCGGGAAAAAGUGUUUGUACUUUGACGAAUCACAAGAAGAGUGUCAGAAGUUUGGUUAUUCAUCCAACUUUGUACAUGUUUGCAUCCGCGUCGCCCGAUAACAUCAAGCAAUGGCGUUGUCCGGAGGGAAAUUUCAUUCAAAAUUUAUCGGGACACAAUUCGCUCGUCAAUUGCAUGGCAGUCAAUCCGGAAGGAGUGUUGGUUUCGGGCGGAGAUAACGGAACACUCUUCUUCUGGGACUGGAGAACGGGAUAUAACUUCCAACGAUCACAAGCUGCGGUUCAACCGGGGUCCAUGGAUAGCGAAGCUGGAAUAUUUUCGAUGACUUUUGAUCAAUCUGGAUCACGUUUGAUUACCACGGAGGCUGACAAAACGAUUAAAAUCUACAAAGAAGAUGAAACUGCCACAGAAGAGACUCAUCCGAUUAAUUGGCGACCUGAAAUCUUGAAACGACGAAAGUAUUAAGGACUUUUCUGAAAAUCAUUUAUAAAAUAAAUUGACAAAAAAUU